GGGGGCGGUGCCGGGGAGGAGGCGGUGCCGGGCGGGCGGAGAGGUGUGAGCGGCGCGGAACGAACCCGCAGGGUCUGCCCGGGGCUGAGCAUCCCCGGCGGGGCAUGGAGGCGGCGCACAGCCUGCCGGUGCUCGACGUGCUGCGCCGCUUCGGGGUCAGCGAGAGCUGCGGGCUCAGCCCCGAGCAGGUUCGCCGCAGCCGGGACAAAUACGGACCCAAUGAGCUCCCUGCAGAAGAAGGAAAGUCCCUCUGGGAGUUGGUGCUGGAGCAGUUUGAAGAUCUCCUCGUCCGCAUCCUUUUGAUGGCAGCUUUUCUGUCGUUCAUCCUGGCAUGGUUUGAAGAAGGAGAGGAGACCACAACGGCAUUCGUGGAGCCCAUUGUCAUUAUCAUGAUCCUGAUUGCCAACGCUGUGGUGGGCGUGUGGCAGGAGAGAAACGCUGAGAGUGCCAUCGAAGCCCUGAAGGAGUAUGAGCCUGAGAUGGGGAAGGUGAUCCGUGCUGACCGCAGUGGGGUGCAGCGGAUACGCGCCCGGGACAUCGUCCCUGGGGACAUCGUGGAGGUAGCAGUUGGCGACAAGGUGCCAGCAGACAUUCGGAUCAUCGAAAUCCGGUCCACCACGCUGCGGGUCGACCAGUCCAUCCUCACAGGGGAGUCUGUGUCAGUGAUCAAACAUGCUGACCCCAUCCCCGACCCUCGGGCUGUCAACCAGGACAAGAAGAACAUGCUCUUCUCUGGCACCAACAUCGCAGCUGGGAAGGCCGUAGGGGUUGUCAUUGCAACCGGGGUAUACACUGAGAUUGGGAAGAUCCGAAACCAGAUGGUGGAGACAGAGCCAGAGAAGACCCCCUUGCAGCAGAAGCUGGACGAGUUCAGUCAGCAGCUCUCCAAAGUGAUUUUCCUGGUGUGCAUCGCCGUCUGGGUCAUCAACGUCAGCCACUUCAGCGACCCUGUCCACGGGGGCUCUUGGUUUCGGGGGGCCAUCUACUAUUUCAAGAUUUCAGUGGCACUGGCAGUGGCUGCCAUCCCUGAGGGUCUCCCAGCUGUCAUCACCACCUGCCUGGCGCUGGGCACACGACGCAUGGCCAAGAAGAAUGCUAUUGUCCGGAGCCUGCCCUCAGUGGAGACCUUGGGCUGCACCUCUGUCAUCUGCUCUGACAAGACUGGCACCCUCACCACCAACCAGAUGUCGGUCUGCCGGAUGUUCAUUAUGGAGAAGGUGGAGGGCACGCAGUGCAGCCUGCACGAGUUCACCAUCACCGGCUCCACCUAUACCCCCGAGGGACAGAUCCUGAAGGACGAGCAGCCAGUAGAGUGCGGGCAGUACGAUGGGCUGGUGGAGCUGGCCACCAUCUGUGCCCUCUGCAACGACUCCUCGCUGGACUACAACGAGUCCAAAAAAGUCUAUGAGAAGGUGGGAGAAGCUACUGAGACAGCCCUGACGUGCCUGGUGGAGAAGAUGAACGUCUUCAACACUGACACCAGCAAACUCUCCAAGGUGGAGCGAGCCAACGCCUGCAACUCAGUGAUCAAGCAGCUGAUGCGGAAAGAGUGCACCCUGGAGUUCUCCCGAGACCGCAAGUCCAUGUCGGUGUACUGCACGCCCACUGGCCCUGGCCACAACUCUGCUGGCAGCAAGAUGUUCGUCAAGGGUGCCCCGGAAAGUGUGAUCGAGCGCUGCACCCACGUCCGUGUGGGCACUGCCAAGGUCCCACUGACGGCCCCGGUGCGGGAGAAGAUCCUGGGCAGGAUCCGGGACUGGGGCAUGGGCAUCGACACGCUGCGCUGCCUGGCCCUGGCCACCCACGACGCGCCCGUCCGCAGGGAGACCAUGCAGCUGCAUGACUCCGCUGCCUUCGUCCACUACGAGACAAACCUGACCUUCGUGGGCUGCGUGGGGAUGCUGGAUCCUCCCCGCAAGGAGGUCACCUCCUCCAUUGAGAUGUGCCGCAAGGCCGGCAUCCGUGUCAUCAUGAUCACCGGUGACAACAAGGGCACAGCGGUGGCCAUCUGCCGCAGGAUUGGCAUCUUCUCCGAAAUAGAGGACGUGGCUGGCAAAGCCUACACGGGCCGGGAGUUUGACGAGCUGCCGCCCGAGGCGCAGCGGCAGGCGUGCCGCGAUGCCCGAUGCUUUGCCCGCGUGGAGCCAGCGCACAAGUCCCGCAUUGUCGAGUACCUCCAGUCCUUCCAUGAGAUCACCGCCAUGACGGGUGAUGGUGUCAACGAUGCCCCAGCCCUGAAGAAAGCAGAGAUCGGCAUCGCCAUGGGGUCGGGCACGGCUGUCGCCAAGUCAGCCGCGGAGAUGGUGCUCUCUGAUGACAACUUCUCUACCAUCGUGUCGGCUGUCGAGGAAGGCAGGGCCAUUUACAACAACAUGAAGCAGUUCAUCCGCUAUCUCAUCUCCUCCAACGUCGGGGAGGUUGUUUGCAUCUUCCUGACAGCCAUCCUGGGCUUGCCUGAAGCCCUCAUCCCGGUGCAGCUGCUGUGGGUGAACUUGGUGACAGAUGGGCUGCCGGCCACGGCGCUGGGCUUCAACCCCCCCGACCUGGACAUCAUGGACAAGCUGCCCCGCAACCCCAAGGAGCCCCUCAUCAGCGGCUGGCUCUUCUUCCGCUACCUGGCCAUCGGAGUGUACGUGGGCCUGGCCACGGUGGGUGCAGCAACCUGGUGGUUCUUGUACGACGCUGAGGGACCACAGGUCUCCUUCCAUCAGCUGAGGAACUUCAUGAGGUGCACUGAGGACAACCCCAUCUUUGAAGGAAUUGACUGUGAGAUCUUUGAGUCCCGAUACCCGACCACGAUGGCUCUGUCCGUACUGGUGACAAUCGAAAUGUGCAAUGCUCUGAACAGCGUCUCUGAGAACCAGUCGCUGCUGCGGAUGCCACCAUGGCUUAACAUCUGGCUGCUGGGGGCCAUCAUCAUGUCCAUGGCACUGCACUUCCUCAUCCUCUACGUCAAGCCCAUGCCGCUCAUCUUCCAGGUGACACCCCUGAGCUGGCCGCAGUGGGUGGUUGUGAUGAAAAUCUCCCUGCCCGUUAUCCUGCUGGAUGAAGGACUCAAGUACCUUUCCCGCAACCACCUGGAUGGCAUUCUCAGGACAGUGAGACACACGUGGAGCGGGGACCACCAGUUGAAAACCAGCAAGACUCCAGAGCAAGGGAGAAGAGGACAAGAAAUGAAUGACAUGAAGGAAACGCUCUUAACUAAAGGAUCCCUAACCUGUAACUCAGACUGAAGUCUUGCAUGCGUGACCAUCGCUAGAAGCCAGCAGGACAUGCAUGUGUCCGACUAUCAGACAAAUGCGGGUGAAUCGUCGAAAAGAAAAAUACUGAUUUUGUUCUGUUUCGUAGCUUUUCUUUUUCCUGUACAUAUGAGUGCAAUUACUGGACAGCUGGCGUAGGGCUUGGGAACGGAGCUGUGUGCACCUGGCUCAUCACAACAUGGUUCCUUGGGGAUUUAUUCCUGCAGAAUUUGAGACCCUCUUUCCAAUUUUCCCCCAGGUGGGGUGAGCUCAGGCAUGGUGUCCUUCGCAGGAGAGCAAGGCGGGGAGUUGGGAUUUUAGGCAAUACGCUGAGCGCUGGCGGGAGGCUGCGUCCUCCAGUGGGAUGGGAUGUGUGAGGGCAGGGGAGGGAGGCGAAGGGGCCAUGGGUUGGGGUCACCAAACCUUGUUGACGUCCAUGGUGUCAGUGGGUGCAUCACUGCAGCUGCUGCACUCUUCUCCGGUAGCCACAGCAGCUGAAAAUGGCUUCUCACUGGUGGUGUGGAUCUCGCAGUCCAGUUUAUACGCUGAGGUCGGGUGCGUGGGGUGGAAGGUGAAAUUCUCCCUAUUUAUCACACUGUCCUACUUGAUCCCUGUGUUGUGGAAAGCCCCGCACCUUCUCAGGCUCAUCUGACACCAAAGCAUGAUGUGCUCUUGUCUGUUCUCCUCCAUCCGGUGUCUUGUUAGGUCCCGUCUGCACUAUUUAAGCUGUAGCCCUCUUCCUUGUAUGGGCAACCAUUUAAAGCACAGCAUGGGGAUGACCAACUUCCCAUUCCUCAUGUCUACUGCUCCAUCCUGGUCACCCUUUCUUCCCUCAGUUGAUUUUUAACUAUUUCCCGAGCGGGAGCAGAGCUCAAGUUCUUAGGAACGUGUCCAUGAGUUUGUGUCCUCUCCUUUGGAGGACAUUUGCACGGGGCAUCCUUGACACCGGUGAUCCGCCUUCAAGACGGGAAUGAAUGUAUGCUUAUACAUAGAGUCCACCUCUGCGAGCGUUGUUUGUCGUGGCAUCCCUUCCUAUAAGGCACUGACUCUGUCUUAUCCGCUUGGGAUUUUUCUGCAGCAAGAGUUUGUGGAUCAGGAGUGGAUUUUGGAAUCCAGUAAACUGAUCUUUCUCCAUUGAGCUACGUCAGCUGAGGAGCCAAUAGCGUGCGAUAUCUUCUCCAACUCUCCAAAUGCUCCCUCCCGUUCCCUAUGAUCCUGAUAUUUAGUUGGCCAGACCCUAUAUCUUUCCUUUCUCUUCAAUUCCCACAACAGCACUUAAAGGCGGGCUUUUGGAGAGCAUUUUGCUCCUUCGAUGUUGGGUUUUCUCUUCUACUUUUUGCCUCUUAAAAGCUUCCAGAGCUUUUCUGUUCCGCUUUCCCCUGGGCGAGAGCUCCUCUUCCUCUGUACAGUAGGUGCCAAAUACCAUCCUUCCUUUCUUUUCUCCAUCACCAGCAUUGAAGACGAGCAGAGCCCCCAGACCAAUGGGAAUGUACAGAAUUGUUAUACUACUGAGCUGAUUUAAUUGUACAGAAAACCUUGCAUGAAAUGUUGUUACUGUAUUUAAUAUAUAAUGUAUUCAAGGAAUUUUAAUAUGGAGCUCUUUAAAAAGAUCUUUAUAGAAUACUCUGUGGUUAGAAGAUUGUUGCUGAUUUUUUUAAAAUAUUAUUAUACUUUGUCUUGAAGAAGUUUUAUUUUUCAAACGUGUUAUGUCGAAAUGAUUUAAUUGGUGAUCCCUCGGGGGAACCGGUUCCUCUGUAAAGGCUUUUCACCAGGAAUGAGACUCAACCUGGUGCAGAGGACCAGGACGUGACCCAGGUACUGCUCAAGCCUUCAAAAUAAGGUUUCAGUAAGAUUAAUGCCAUAGACCUGAGCUUUGCCUUUCCCUGAGAGGGUGGAUUUCACCUGGUUUAGUACGGAUUAUCUCCAGCUGUCUGUGCUGCCAAAGAACCAGUGGGAAUUGAAUCCAGUACCAUCUCGGUGACUUUAGAGGAAAUUGCUUCUGUGUUUCCCUGAGGCUGAAAACCAGUUUGGGAGAGACUGGAUGAGAUUCAGAGCGUCCCAACUCCCUUUGUAGAGUCUUUCAGCUGCCUGAUGACAUCUCCCGGGGACAUGGUGGCCUUGGUCCAUUGUGCUUGCAUGGACCUGCCCAGUCCAUACGCUCCGUAUUGCACCACCUGAGCUAAAGUGGGUUUCCUGGGCUUAAGGUCUGGUGUAGGAUGAUUAUUUUUACCCAGCUAUGUCUUUGUGUGGAGUUUCUUGUGUAAAAAAAAUGACUGCUGAGUAAUGGAUGAGAAUCUCCGGUAUAACGUGACCUAAAAGGAAAAAAAUCUAGAUAAAAGCUCUGUUUUGGAACAGAGAUGAAGUAAUGAAGUUCUAGCUCCUUAUUGGAUUCCUGCUGGAGGUUUUUAGCUUGGUCUCGCCUGAGAGCAGAGAGGUGUACUAAGCAUCCUCCUGACCCCCCUGUCAGAAAGGCUCCUUGAAGAGAUGCUGAGCUCGUUAUUUUGUCACUGAUGGAGAUGCGGCGCUGCUGCAAGCCCAGGCAGUGUCCGGGUGUUUGUGCAGCCGUUGAGCGCAGGCAGGAGCGAUGCGGGGCGCACAGCGGAGGAUGCAUCACUCUGAUGAGGAUGCACUUCUGUGAGCACUUUAUACUCCUUUCUCAGGGGCCGGGCACCGCGCGGGGUUACAGCGAGGGUCCCGCAUCCCUGGAGCAAGUACCCUGGGGGGGCAGCUUAGAGCAGUGGCUGUGAUGAGUCUUUUGUGCUGUUUUGGGGUGUUGUAUCAUUGUCUCCAGUUGCUGGAUGAGCUCUGCCCCCUGCAGUGCUUGAUCCUGCUGGGAGGCACACGGGAAAAGGAAAAAGAGAGAUGCUCUUCAAAGCAAAGUCCUGCAUCCUAUUUUUUCUUUCUGCCGUGAGGCCACUGUAUGGCUCAGGGGCCGGAUGAGGUUUUGAGUUGUGUGUUUGAGACUUUGGCAUUGUGAUGAUGUCGUGUGUGGCUGUGAUGCUCUGCUCAGCCAAGGCUGGAUGGUACCACCAGGACAGGAGAAGUCAGGAGCAGGAGGGACGGGCUUUACUGGAGAGGCUGGGGGGCUUCGUUCCUGUAAUAGCAUCACUCCGGGGAUUGAGGUGAUCUCUGUUCGUGGUUUGGGCAGCAGAAGUGGUCAGAGGAGCAACAGGACAACUCAGCAGCAAUUUUUCGUCCCUCUUUUUUUACAUCAGGUUGAGGGUGCGGCUUCCCAGUCAGGGUCGGGUUAAUGUUCUCAUGGUUGGUGGAAGGUGAUGCGAUCAUUGAACUUUGUGAGCACUCCUGAAACUCAAACACGCAGGCGUUCCUAACGCCAGCUGCUAAGACUUACGAGGAUUUUUGGUCCAUACCUGGCACGGCAUCACCUUGUGUAAAUGAUGCCUGAGAUUUAGUCAUCCCCGUUCAGUCCCACCUGGGCUUUUGUUCCCCACCUCUGCAGUGGUGUUUUCUGGCAGGGCUCGUUGCAGGUAGCCCAGGGACUGAGUCUGCGAGAGAAGGUCAUUUGCACAGCAAAUAUAGGUUGGAGUUUGCAGGGGAAAGGGACAUAUAGGAUAAACGGUGCUCCCUAGGUCUGUCCUCUCGGUGCCAUUCAGCUUUGGGGAUGAGUGAGGCAUUAAAUGAGCCUGAAUCCAUCUGCACACGGUGCGAUGGGGACACGGGUACUCAGGCCCAGGCUGGGUCGAUCUGGGCACUUGGGACCAAGAGGAGGGUGACCACGGAGCUGCAGUGCUCUCAGCAGCUCCAGCCUGGGGAUGCGCUGGUGUUUGUUCAUGUGAGAUGCUUGAAAAGCCAAACCUGGGAAUCCCGGAGUUUGUGCUUGGUAGCAAAAGGUAAAUCAUUGUAUCUUGGGGGGGUGG